AAUUAAUUAGAUGGGUUGUGCUUAAAGUAGGUAAAACGAGAAAUGCAAUAUGAUAUCCUAUGAAUUAAAAUAUUUAUUGCCAGAAUUGGUUUAGGCAAUAAAACUUGGUUAAUAGUGUCUAUAUUCAGAUGAAUCACCAAUAAAAGUAUUAUCUAUUUAUUUAUUUAGUUAACACCUAUAAAGGAGAUAGGAGGAAUAUUUUGUAAAUUGGAGAGUCUAUUACCAUCUGGAUCAGUUAAAAUGAGAGCCAUGUAUCACAUGUUAUUUAGGUUGCAGCAAAAAAAACGGCAUAAAGGAUUGGAAUAAUUGAAUCUCGUUAUUUGUUCAUCUGGAAAUGCUGCAACAGCUUGCAUAGAAUGUUUAAAGAUAUUUAAAUAAGAAAAGAAAUAAGAAUUCCAUAUUGAUUAAACAACUAGUGAAUUACUUUAAGAUGACACUCCGACUGAUCCGGGAUAAUCAUGUGUUAUUAAAGAUUAAUAGCUAUAAUCUAAAAUAAAACCAUAUGAAUUACUAGGAUAACUUAUUAUAUUUUGUAAACAUUUGAAUGAAAUGCAUGAUUUAAAUGAUUUACCAAAUGUUAAAGUUAUAAAUUCUCAAUUAAAUAAAUCAGAUAUUGAAGUCGAAGCAUUUAAAUAUGCAGAAGAUAAUGGUUAUGACUAUUUAGAUAUUUAUAAUGAUGUAGAUGUAUUUGGAGGAUAUGCAACAAUUGGAUUUGAAAUUGAUUAAUGGUAAGUACUAACCAAAACCAAACUUGAUUAUGUAUUUGUUACACUUAAAAGUGGAGCUUUAAUUGCUGCAAUUGCAUUUUAUCUAAAACAUAUAGCUAAAAAUUAAAUUAAAGUUAUUGGAGUUAUGUUGUAUGGCUCUACAAGAAGAGAAUCAACAAUCUGUUCUUAAAUAAUAGAAGGAUUUAUUGAUGAAAUUAUUUUUGUUUCAACUCAAGAAGUUGAAAAAGCUUAAUGUGAAUUAGCCAAAGCAGAUGAAAUUGCAGAAUUCAAUUCAGCUAUUGCCUAUGCAGGCUGCAAAAAAACUUAGUAUAAAAAUAGUCUUGUCAUUCUCUCGGGAAGCAAUGUAACUGUGAGUGAUUUAUCUAAACUCAUGUCUAAAUAUCAAUAAUGA